AUGGGCUCGACAUGGGCCGACUACCCGCAGUCGUCUGAGAAUGCGCACAACCUCCCCGAGUGCGCCAACCGAGGUGUCUGCAACCGCGCAACAGGGCUCUCUGCGACUGCUCCCCGGGCUUUACCGGAGCUGCCUGCGACCGCAGGCACGUGCAACUGCUUUCCCAACUAUGUCUCGAGCGGCGGCUACGGCAACGUGGGUCGGCGCGGCGACUGCGGGGCCGUCGCGUUGGCUAUCACGCAGUGUCCGGGUAAAACCUUGGCCUGCAGUGGCCACGGUGUCUGCCAAGGCCCCCCGACGUUUGCGUGCAUUUGUGCCAGCGGGUUCCAAGGCGGCGACUGCUCCGAGCAGCAAUGUCCGAUGGGCACUUCUUGGUUUGAUAUACCAAGCAGCCCGAAUGGUGCGCACCAACUCGCCGAGUGCUCAAAUGCGGGGACGUGCGACCGAACGCGGGGCGUGUGCUUGUGCGACACGCGCUUCACGGGCGCCGCGUGCAAUCGGCUCGAGUGCCCCAACGACUGCAGUGGCCAUGGCACGUGCCUCACGAUGCAAAACCUCGCACCGCUCACCAAGCUCAACGGCGACCCGCGGACGGCAUUUACCUACGGGAGCAUUCCCCAACAACAACCCGACGUGGGACUACAACCAAGUACAAGGCUGUGCAUGCAACCCUGGCUACGAAGGUUUCGACUGCUCUAA